CUCUGGAUUGUUGUAGUCGGCAAGAGGAAGGAAUUAAAUGUGUUUUUCAAUUCAGGAAAGUUUGUAGGGAAGUGGCGGCACUCGCAGUUUAUCACGUGGAUUGUGAUAUUUAGUAUCAUCCACAUUUCUUUAGCCAUCUCUUUAAUAAUGGGAUAUGGCGGAUUGAUCAUGUCAGGGGUCUACAUCGUGUUAUUUUUCUUCAUUUCGACGUUUCUUUACUUCCUCCACUCGUCGUCAUUUAUCAAAUGGAACUUCAAGUACUUAGUAGUCUUACUUUCAGUGUUUCUUGUCUCAACAGUGCUUUGCACACUUGUUCUGAUUUGUUUACAGCCUUUUGUGUUUCUUGCAAUUAAUGGGGAGGAGAAGAGUUUCAAUGUCAAAGUGACGCCAAAUCAACCAAUCGAACCGUUCACGUUAACGUCCCCUCCGUGGAACUGUUUCAAUCCGGAAAUCAUCAGCGACAUUCAACUCCCUCAGAAUUUGACCGUUGUGAUGUCAAAAGGGCUGAGCACACCUAUUUAUGUACGUGGCAUUGUUUCAGGAGACAUCCCCACCACUGUUGUGAAUUUCAAAAUGAAGUGUUCUGGGCUUGUUCACAUUCACUUUGAUCAUAUCACAUUCAAAUCGUGCAGUUCAAAACCCACAGAAACGGCGUGUCUGAGCAAUAAGUGUGGGUGGUGCGGUACAACACAGACGUGUGGGUAUUGUGAAGAUGGGGGAGAGUUUUGCACGCACGAUGGUGCUGAAGGGUGUGGGUCACUCUAA